GCAUCCCAAGGCAGCAGUGACCAACAAACCGUCUAACGGGCAGGAGUAAGAAAGGUAAAGUCGCGGGAUCGCGCGGCGACUUAAACGCGAAAUCGAACGACGAACCCCCGGCGAUUACAACGAACGAUUAAACGACAAACCCGCACAAAAAAAAAAGAAAAAAAUAAUAAUAAAUUCGAACUUUUGUGAUAUUUGUGUUAAUAACUUUAAUAUUAGUCUAAUAAUGAAUUAAGUGUCCGAAAUUAAUUGUGAACGAGAAAAGAGAUGGAAAAUUUGCUUACAAACUACGAAUCUACGCUACAAAAUCUCAAGAUGACUUAUCCUGAUCCUAAUAACAAUGAGAAUUCGUCAAAGGAAGAUAAAUAUUCUUUAAGACCGAGAUCGGUACGUAGAGUAACGGAAGUGCUAAUGAAACAAACCCAAUCGCAAACCGAGCAAAGUCCUAGUAAAGUAACAAAACCACAUAAACCGAAACAGAAACCCGCACCUUUAAGUAAAUAUCGUCGUAAAACCGCAAAUGCAAGAGAAAGAAAUCGAAUGAGGGAAAUUAAUCAAGCUUUUGAAUCAUUAAGAAGAGCGAUUCCUCAUAUGGCGCCAGCGCAAGCGACGACAGCUUCCAAUGAAAAAUUAACAAAAAUAACCACUUUAAGGUUAGCGAUGAAAUACAUAGCGACACUUAGCGCGGCGUUAUCAACAAAUCCGGAUCCGAAACCGGAGUCCAUAUCGGAUUGCAGCGAUCUGGACUACUUCUUGUUGGAAUCUGACGGUGAAUCGCUACCGCUCUCCGACCACUCGUUCCUGGCAUCUCCAGAUUUCGGCGAACCUUCGCUAUCCCCCGUUGAUUUUGGAGAUCCUACGCUUCCUCAGUUUUUACACACAGAUUUUCCGGAUCACGGAUUAGAAUCGACCGAUUUCAGCGAUUUUCUUUUAACGUAACGUGAAUUAAUUUGCCAUUUAACUAAUUUAUGUAACAUACUUUCUUUUGUACAUAGUCAUCAUAAAUAGCAUAUCUUGCCUCAUAGAUUCAUUUGAAAACUUGUACUACACGUUAGUAUUUUUUUUGUUUUGAUUUUUGUAUAUUUUUCGAUGCGAGCGUGGAAAUCUUUCGAUGAAAAUUUCCUUUAUGACCUAAAACGUUCGAAUCUAAAUUUAUUGUGAUCUCUAGUCAUUAAGCAGAUUUUAACCGUUUCACGGAAUUAUUAUUUACGUGUCUAUACAAACGCCUACAACGUGUACGGCGUGAUUAACAACUGAGCUAACCUUUAAAAAUAAACAAUUUAUUUGCUGGCAACUACAUGUGUAGACGUGCACAGGAAAUGACUGUAAUUGACGACGAUUAGGCGGUAUUUUGAUUUAGAAAUAGUUAACAAUCUCGUAGACAACACGCCAAUAAAAAAAACUUUAAUAUUACUAUAAUAAUAAAAUAAGCGUGCCAUAAUCCGUUAUGUACUAUACAACUCCGUUACACGUUUAAAAAUAAUCGAAAAAAAAAAUUAGUAAAAGAAAAAUAAAAAGCACCCGCACUUUGAUCGCCUGCGGUUUAAAGCUACGCCUAUCCGCAUACAGCAUACUUCAGGCAAAACCACAAUAGUGCAAUACGAACGAACGAAUAGGCUUGAAUAAGGAGCGUGCGGUUUCCUCGUAAAGCCGGUCCGUUUGAUAAGGAACGUCGCUGCAAUAAAACCGACAAGAAAAUAAAGGAAAGAUCCACGCUCGCCUCGAUACAACCGAAGCAAUAAAGCGACUUAAUUCUUAGACGACAACGAAUUAAUAAAUAGAUACUACUGUAUAUCUGUUACCUAUUUUAUUUUGAAAAAAUAUUAUAUAUUUUUAUGUUUUUUUUUUGUAAGUACGCAAAAUCGAUGUUAU